GUUCGAUCGCGUUCGCACGCUACAUGUUUAAUGUUUUAGCAGCGCUAGUGUGUUUCUGUUUCGGUAAUUUGAUUUCUGUUGAACUCUCUUUGUGGUUUUUGCCAGAGAGUCAAGUUUAAUGUGUAUCAUUAUGAUCAGUUGUGAGGUAAAAACCAAAUAAACAAUUUUACGUUGAUCGAUAAACAGCAACCGUUAGUCGAUGGAUUUUAUUUAAAGGAACUGCUUGAAAUACUGAUGAUUUAUAAUGCGAACAUAUCAAAAUAAUAAUUCUGGUUUUUAAAAGAAUAAUUCUAUAAACAAACUUAGUGUUUUUUGUGCAAAAAAAUUCCUAUUUUUUAAUCCAACAAACGUGUUUCUGAAUCUACCGAAAAAAUCGCUGUUUUUUUACCGUAAUGCUUGUAAGUCGUAUUAUCAGAAAAAAAAAUCAAAUGACUCGAUGACGAUUAAUUAAAAUUAAAUGUGUAAUCAACAAUAAAAGAAAACAUUAAAAAUAAAAUGAAGAUGAAACUAGUUUGGUUAGCCAUAACUUUCUGUGCUACUGCCACACAUACAGCAACUGGAAUCCAAAUUGACAAUCAAUUAAUUUCGUCCAAAAAUGAUUGUUUUGAAAGAAUUGUCUUGGAAGCCAUGAUUCCAUUCGACCGAACAUUUCGCACAACCGACACAAAUAAAAAACAAAUUUGUGAGAAAUUAUGCAUAGCUGAAGGAGACAAGUGCCAAACAUAUUCCUUGGGUAUUAGCGUUAAAGGUAAUGGUACUUGUCAGUUGUCAUCAAAUAAAAUUGAUUUAUCGACUGGCCGACGUCCAUCUGGGACUCUAUAUGAUCCUGAUUUUGAUAUCUACCAAAGAAAAGAGAAUUGUGGCAACUAUGAUACAACAUCCAGCCCUCCCCUACCAGGAGGCUUCGGCCCAAACAUACAGAUCGCAUCAACGUUUCCACCAAAUCGACCGAACAACGACCGACCCACUACACCUAAUUUUUCCACAUCCAACCAUAAAAUUCCUGACGGUUCCACUUCCACAACGCCGGACGAAUCUAGUGUUCCCCCAACGGGUACACAGAAUCAAAAUGGUUCAGAACGGCCCAUAUAUUCUGGAUAUGGUGAGACAACCAAUCAACAUUAUCCGCCAGAAGAUAUCUACCCAUCGACUGAACGAUAUCCAAAUAAAGAUCGAUUUCCUACAAGUAAAUAUCCUACCGAAAGUACUUAUGGAACUCCGAAUACGUAUCCCACAAACGAUAAAUAUGGAAGACCCACCUAUGCAGUACAUCCACAUGAAGACACUUAUUCAACAUCUCUACCGACUCAUUCUAGCGAAACAUAUAACAGUCCCAGCUACCCGACAACAAACCAUGAUCAUUUCAAUUUCCAUCACGACAUUUAUCCCACAUACUCAUAUCCGAUGUUGUACGAAAACAAUUAUCCACAGCCGAACGACUACGGUCGGUUUCCCAACAUCUAUGCCCAAAACAUCCCGACCAUAUUGACUGACUACUACGGUCCCGGAGAGAAUUAUUACCAGCACAUCAAACCAGAUCCAUCGAAUCGACCACCCGAUAAGAAUGAUGACAAUUUUUAUUUGCCUGAUCAUAGCUACAAUCCUAUACCUACACAAUCAAAUCGCGAUCGACCGAUGCAUUAUGGGAAUGACCGAGAUCGCAACGGCCAAACACACUUCGAAUACGAACCAAAUGGAACGAAUCCGAUGGGCUACGGUGACAGAGAUCGUACUCCGAACGGAUAUAGCAAUCGACCGAUGAACAAGCCAAAUGAAUACAUGGAUCGCGAUAAGCCACUCACUGGCGGGUACGAAUCAAUGCCGAAUUCAUUGUACAAGCCAAGUAGUACUCAAAAUUAUGGUUAUGGAAAUAAUGACAAAGCGGAAGGUAAUUAUCAUGUUGCUAAGGAACCGAUCGAAACCUAUUUUAAUCCUGAUGACUAUUUACCAAAGCGUAAACCUGGUGAUGUAACCGGAACUGGCGGUAAUCAUGGUUCCAUGGGUCCUGGUGUUCGACCAAUGGAUGAUAAUCGACCAUGUUUCCGUCGUGCUUUGGCUGGAAAAAGAGUGUCACAGCGAUGGGUUCGGCGAACCCUCACGUGUGAAAGAGUGGAAGAUUGUCAAGCAGAAUGUGGUCACGAAAAACGCUUCACUUGCGAAGGAUUCAAUUACAAACUAGAUCCAUCGGGACGAGGUCAAGGUAUAUGUGAGCUAAUGGACGUUCCACUUACAAAAAUGGAUUUAUACUCUAAUGGUCCUAAUCGGGAUGAGAAUUUGAUUUUCCAUCCGGACUAUGAUUAUUACGAACGCGACCGCAAUGCGUGCCGUCCAUCAAACUGUCGCGAUUGUGUUGAGAAGCCAAGCGAGCCCGUUGGUUCUGAUUACUUUCGACCUACUACGUACAGACCAAAUAGUAAUAAUAAGCCGUACCUACCGGACCAUCACUCGUCACCACCAUCAAACAUAGAUUCAGUUGGAUAUGGCUCGCCAUCCGAUCGCUAUAACCCACCAAUCACUGCCAUUGACAAGUAUCGACCACCGAUUUACGACAAUCGACCACCUAAAGAAUACGACAGUAGACCGCCUUCGUAUGAUAGUCGACCACCGACAUAUCACAGCAGACCUCAUCCUUAUGAGGGCAGUAGACCAUCCAUUUAUGAAAAUCGACCACCCGACUACGAUAGAUAUGAUAUUGAGUCGGGUCCGUUCUCAUCGCCGGGUGGAUCAUUUCGUCCUUCGUUAUAUGGAAGUGAUGAUGUAGAUCGUUAUGAUUUUAAACCAAUCGAGGUUUCGCGUCCAGGUUAUCAAGAGGUUAUAAUACCAGCUAAUCACGACUAUGGGCCGCCAAAAGAUUCUCAACCACAUCCAUACCGCGAUCACCACAAUCGCCCUGAUUUUAUUCCGUUCGAAAGUUAUAGACCAGAACACCGACCGACUGGUCCUGGAAUUGACUAUCAAGGACCAUACCGUCCAGACUUUGUACAUUCGUAUCGACCAUUCGACGACAAAGAUAGAGACCGACCAUCACAUCCAAGGCCUGAUCGAUUUCCGCCAUCAGGAUAUCUCGAUCGUGAACCGAUUUCAGGACAUAGAAAACCAGGUAGUUAUUUACCCAUAGGCGCUGAGAAUCCAUGGGGAUCGUAUGGUGGGACGUAUGGUGGUUCCAGUUACAGCAAAUACUCGUCCGACUAUUGGGGACUUAGAAAUGAAAUUAAACGAAAUGAUGGACACCAUUUUAAUUACUUUGAAUUGGGUGGAUCAAAGCAUGGUCCGUACUUGCCGAGCGAAAAUGCUGUUUGGAAUUAUCCGGGCAGCAAAUACAACAAUGCGGAUAGGCAUUCUUACCGUGAUAAAAUCAAUUAUGACGGUUUGGCGACGCUGUGGACGCGAAGACCGGGACAAGAUGAGUGCUCAGCAAAAUCUAGUGAGGGAUUCCGGUUGCACAAGGGAGUUAUUCGUCACAGUUUUACCGUUCCAUCAGUCAUUGAAUGUGAACGAAUGUGCUACUCUGAGGACUCAUUUCGCUGUACAACAUACAGUUUUCGCUAUAGUCCAGCAUCACGAGACAACUGUCAGCUAUGCGAUCGCCCGGUUAAUCAGUUGGACAACUACGCUGACAUUGAGCCCGACCGAGAUUUCGACAUCUAUUCCAUGACCGACGAUCCGAUAAUGUGCUCAAAGCCAAGAGUUCCCGAACGAUCAAACAAUGCCCAAUGCUUCUUCCGAGCAAUCGAUUCCAGCAGAUUCUUCAAAUCUAUAGUACGGGAUUCGUUGACCGUUCGGUCGGUUGGCGAAUGUGAAAUGGAAUGCAUAAAAUCGUCCAAGUUCACCUGCCGUGCUUUUUCGUUCAGAUACGGUGCCAAGUCACCGGAUGGGGUUAUAGACAAUUGCCAGUUAUCCGACUGGCCGGUACGAGAUAUGGACAAAGAGCGCCAUUUGAUAUUAGACACGGCGUUUGAUAUUUUCGAGCGGGCCAGCUAUGGACGAGGAUGCGAAAUUCAACCGAUCAUUGACGACAAACAUAAGAAAUUGUGUUAUCUCGGCUAUGGUUCGCCGAGUAAACUUCUAUCAACAGCUAUUAAGAAGGUGAUCUCUGUCCCAACGGAAUUGGAAUGUAAAAAUGAAUGCAUACGGUUCCGGGAAACCACACCGUUUAAAUGCUAUUCGUUCAGUUUUACAUCACAACAAUCGACAUUCAACUGCGAAAUGUCCGACUUGGAUCAGAGUGAACUGAAAUUGAACGUCCACUAUGUCCAUGUUAACGACCGUGAUUUCUGGCUGUUUGCCUGGAAUCCAUUCGACUAUUCGUGCCGAGAUAAAGUCAAUACGAUCGGCGGUAGUCGGGUCAACAACGACCGACGAAUGGACAUUUUCCGCGAACCGGGACAAAACACGUGGACACAUUACACAGUAUCCGGUAAGGCAUGCCGCAGUCGAUCUGGAUGUCAGCAAAAUGCGGUGACCGGUUUCUAUUCGUGCGAAAUUGACGGAAUCGAACGUGAUGCCUGGGAUUAUUGCUGUAACGUCGAUCACCCCUGUGGAUAUUCACAGGGGUUUGACUAUCCAUGGUGUUUUGUUGGUGACAGACCCGAUCAAUGGCGCACAUGCAGCGAUCGAUAUUUCCCAAGCCCAUCCGAAUCAACCAACCGACCAACAAAAGUUGCCGUUACUUAUGCCCCAUCUAACAAAAAGAAAGGUGAAGCCUAUCAUCAGGCGCCUCCAAAGCCGGGUGGAUUAAAUCUUGAAGACAUUGCGUCGGCGCGUCUAUGGCCUGUUACCUAUCUCUACAGUUCAGGUCCACCAAAUACAACGGAACUAAGUAACUUUGUUGAUUGCAAUAAGGAAACUUGUUAGUUGGGAACUUUAAAAAAUGAAAAGAUAACGUUCCGCCGCCCAAACCAUUUAGUGAUUAGGACUUUUUCGGAGAGAUUUAAAGAAGAAAUAGUUUUUGAGAUUUUAGGUAGACUUUUAGUUCUCAUAAAAAAUUAUCGUUUGAAAUAAUGUCAUAUCGUACGCCGUCUUACUUUCAGUGACUUAGAAUUAUGUAAUUUUUACAUUUAUAAAAUAAACGAAAUAUUAAUUCACA